UUUUUUGUAACUCCUUUUUUUAGAGAUAGAGAGAGAGAGCAGCACGUGAAUCUGAAGAUAUAUUAUAGAAAUCGUUGACGUAUCAAUGCAGUUUGUAUCAUCGUUAACUUAAAGGGCAACUCGCUACAGCAAAUGCGUGUAAUUGCAAAAUUUGCAUGUGCGCCAACAAUUGACAAUUAAAGCUGCAGGCAAUUAACAACAACAACAACAGCAGCAGCAGCAGCAACAGCAACAGCAAUCAACAAACAGGAUUCGAAAUCGAUUGCAAAGCAAAGGCCGCCACAUUGGAAGGAAAACGGCUUUUUACGGCAGUUAAUAAGUUUUUAACUGGUUCAACGAUUGCCCGCGAGCUGAGGCAGCUAAUGACGAGAAACGCAACGCUUAGCGGUGAUGAACCCGACGAGGAGCAGAUGACGACAGCGGGCGCAGACGAUGAUGACCAGGAGCAGCAGCAGGGUGAGGAGCAACAGCAGCUGACUGCACAAACAGAGCACAGCACAAGUGAAGCACAGCAACAGUCACAGCAACAGCAACAACAACAACAAGCAACAACAACACAACGUCGGCAAAGACAACGCAAGAAAGUGACAGCACAACAGCAACAACAACAACAACGGAGUCAUGCCAACGCAUCCGAUGCAGACACGGAUUCGAGUUCAUGCGAAGCAGGCGGCACAACUCGCAUCAGCUAUGCGCAACGCAAUCUCGCCGAUCAAGUGGUCUAUGAGCAGUACAAUGACGACGAUGAGGCGGAUGACUACGAUGAGGACGAAGACGAGGAUGAGGAUGAGGACUACGAUGACUAUGAGCAGCUGUCCAUGCGACGUGCGCCCGCCAAGGCAGCGCUAAGUGUGCGAGCAGUAAGCGGUGGCGGUGGCGGUGAUGGAGGAGUCCAUUCAACUGGCGACGGCAGCGGCGGUGGCGACACAUUGCGGAGCAAACGCAAAACGAAAACACGUCAAUUCUCGCAGCGUGCCAGCUCCUAUGCCGUCGAUGCUUGCCAUGGCGAGACGGAUACGGAUGCGCUGGACAAGCGUCGUUGCAUCUCCAAGGGUCAAAUGCGUGAAUUUCGCGAGGCAUUUCGUCUGUUUGACAAGGAUGGCGAUGGCUGCAUAACCAAGGAGGAGCUGGGCACCGUGAUGCGUUCGCUGGGGCAAUUUGCUCGCGUCGAGGAGCUGCAGGAGAUGCUCCAGGAGAUCGAUGUGGAUGGCGAUGGCAACGUUAGCUUUGAGGAGUUCGUGGACAUAUUGUCAAACAUGACGUAUGAGGAUAAAUCUGGACUGUCGUCAGCGGAUCAGGAGGAGCGCGAAUUGCGCGAUGCCUUCCGUGUAUUUGACAAGCACAAUCGUGGCUACAUCACAGCCUCUGAUUUGCGUGCAGUGCUUCAAUGCCUGGGAGAGGAUCUCGACGAAGAGGACAUUGAGGACAUGAUCAAAGAGGUGGAUGUGGAUGGCGAUGGACGCAUCGAUUUCUAUGAGUUUGUCCACGCACUUGGCGAGCCAGAGGAUUCGCAGGAGAACGAUGAUGAGGAGGAGAACACCACAUCGCCGCUGCCGACGCCCAAGUCCACAGUAUCGCUGAGCUACGAUUGAAGCGUGGGGCGUGAACGUUGUUUAUGGCACUUAAGUAUUAUCAAUAAAUUAACGGAAAACUUAACAACAAGCAAAAACACAAAACAAAAACAUUUACAAUUACUUUAUGUGCAUAACGUGGCGCAGCAUCAAAAAGAAAUUUAAAUAAAUAAAUAACGAAA